UCCGGGUUUAGCCGGCUGUUGGAAUGAGCUCAGAAACAAAGUGGGCUCUGAGCUGCGUCUCAGUGUCAGAGUGAGACCUCUGUGCUCUCAGCCCAUCUUCGCCGCUGCUAGCCUGCUAGCUAGCAGCUCUCCGGGAACAUGGCGGCGUCGCAGGCUCUGUCCGAGGAGGAGUUCCACCGGAUGCAGGCUCAGCUGCUGGAGCUGAGGACUCAGAACUACCAGCUGUCUGAUGACCUCAGGAAGAACUCUGCAGAGCUGAACGCCGUCCGCCUGAAGCUCGGCGUUCUGGAGAGAGACCUAGUCAAAGCUCAGAAGGCUUUAAACAAGAGUAAAAAGGCUCAGGAGGUGGAGGCUCUGCUGAGUGAGAACGAGAUGCUGCAGGGGAAGCUGCACAGCCAGGAGGACGACUUCCGGCUGCAGAACAGCACGCUGAUGGGCGAGCUGUCCAAGCUCUGCACGCAGAUCGAGCAGCUGGAGACGGAGAACCGGCGCCUGCAAGAGGGGGGCGGAGCCUCUGGGCCCCCUGCUGACUCCGCCCACGGCCCCGCGGACGGGGAGCUGCUGCGGCUGCAGGCCGAGAACGCCGCGCUGCACAAGAAGCUGAGGGCUCUCCAGGACCGUUUCGACGGGGAGCCGCAGGGGGCGCCCGUUGCCACAGAGACGGAUGGACCAGCUGGCACCAAUGGCGUCUCAGAUGUGGCAGGGGGCAGGGCAGGGGCGGGGCCAGAGGGAACCAAUCAGAGGGAGGAAAAGACUGACAGCGGCGUGCAGCAGUCAGAGCAGCAGCGUCACGAGCGACAACUGCAGAUGGAGAUGGAGCUGAACACCCAGACAGAGGAGAAGAGACUCCUGAAGGAGCAGCUGCUGGCCCUGGAGGCGUCCCGGUUGGCCGACGUCUCCAGACUGCAGGAUGACAUCAUCAAGCUGACGGACAAGAUCAAGAAGCAGGAGAGCUUCCAGCGCCUGCAGACGGAGAAGGAGGCUCUGUACAACGACAGCAGGACGAAGAUCAAAGAGAUCAACCAGAGAGAAGAAGAAGUGAAGGCGGCCAACCUGCGGCUGCAGAAGCUGCAGUCAGACCUGACAGCAACCAAUCAGGCGGCAGCGGAGCUGAAGGAGCAGCUGGAGAGCAAAGAGACACAGCACCAGGAGGCUGUGCAGGCCCUGAAGGACCAGGCAGCCAAUCAGAGCGCGCUCAGUCAGGAGCAGGUGGACGGCGUCCUGCAGGAGAACGAUGCUCUGAGGACGAACCUGGCCGCUCUGGAACAGAUCCAGACGUCCAAGACGCAGGAGCUGAACCUGCUGCGGGAACAGCAGGAGGCGCUGGUGGCGGAGCUGCAGCAGAGGAGGGCGGAGCAGGAGGGCCUGCUGGCCCAGAGGGACGACCUCAGCUCCCAGCUGCAGGAGUCCAGCUUCGCCAACAGGAAGCUGCUGGAGCAGCUGGCAGAGGAGACGCAGGAGAAGGAGCAGCUGCUGGGGGAGCUGGAGGAGACCAGGAAGACGGCGGAGAAGCGGAAGUCCAUGUUGGAUGACUUGGCAUCUCAGCUGAACCAGGAGAAGUCUGACCACAAGGAGGCGCUGUCUGACCUCAGGCUACAGCAUGAGAAGGAGGUCCUCGGGGUGAGAGCUCGCUACGAGAAGGAACUGCGGGUUCUGCACGAGGAGAAGAACCGCUCCGAGGAGGAGAUACGGCUGCAGCUCAAGGAGGAGAAGGGCCGGACCAGAGAGCUGCAGGGUCUGCAGCAGCAGCUGGAGGAGCUGCAGCAGCAGCUCCAGGCCAUGGAGGGAACCAGGGGCUGGUUCGAGAGGCGGCUGAAGGAGGCCGAGGAGAACCUGGAGACGAACAGCGAGCGGCACCGGCAGGAUGUCCAGAUGCUGCAGGAGGAACACAGCCAGCAGCUGCAGGAGAAACGAGCUGAGAUGGAGGGAUGGAGGCAGCAGCUGGUGGAGGUGGAGAAAGAGAGAGAUGGAGACAGAGAGACCAUCAGGAAGCUCAGACAGGAGCUGAAGGACACGGUGGACGGCCAGCGGAUCCUGGAGAAGAAGGGCAGCUCUGCGCUGAAGGACCUGAAGCGGCAGCUGCAGCUGGAGAGGAGGCGGGCCGACAAGCUGCAGGAGCGGCUACAGGAGAUCCUGACCAACAGCAGGACCAGGACAGGUCUGGAGGAGCUGGUCCUGUCUGAGAUCAGCAGUCCCAGCCACCAGCAGACCGGAGACUCGUCCUCUGUGUCGUCGUUCUCCUACAGAGACGUGAUGAAGGACGCGCAGCGGCCAACCAGAACCGGUUCCGGCGCCGGCAGCCCACAGUCGCAGCGACCCGCCGAUCUUUCUGAUGACGAGGUCGGGGAACUGUUCCAGCGGCUGGCCGAGGUCCAGCAGGAGAAAUGGAUGCUGGAGGAGAAGGUGAAGCACCUGGAGGUGAGCUGCUCGUCGAUGGCCGAGGACAUCUGCAGGAAGAGCGCCAUCAUCGAGACCUACGUGAUGGACAGCCGCAGAGACGUGUCGGGCAGCGCAUUGGCAGCUCAUGGAGGCUCCCAGGGAGACAGAGUUUUGGGCUCGGUGCUCAGAGACCUGGUGAAACCCGGAGACGAGAACCUGAGGGAGAUGAACAAGAAGCUGCAGAACAUGCUGGAGGAGCAGCUGACCAAAAACAUGCACCUGCAGAAGGACCUGGAGCUGCUGUCCCAGGAAUUAGUCCGGCUCAGUAAAGAGGGUGGUCCAGACGUUAGUGUGCGCCACCGGUUCCGGAUGAGACUAUAAUCUGGAUCCGUCCUGCUUGCUUCCUUCCUCCUCACUUGCUGCAUUCACAACCUGCUGGGGUCUGUCUACUUUCUGGAGCCGGUGUGGUCUGGGCCGGAGGACGAGGAUCUCUGAAGGUCUCAUUUCUUUUGCUGAAUGUACUGUAAUUAGACUGCACCGCUCACCUCUCUGGGCCCUGGCUAUGACCUGGAGAACUCUGUGUUUAUCUUACAGCAUGCUGACCUCUGACCUCAUCAGUUCAUGGACUUUGUGGUCACCAUGACAACUGAGCACAGACUGACAGCCAAUCAGUGAGCUCGCUUUCCGGUUGUUAUGGUUACUGUUUUGGUUUCGCUCUCACAAUGCUGAACUUUACUAGAAAACGUUCUGAAGACGGAACCGGAGAUUCUACCGCAUCCGCCCGUCACUACAGCCAAACUGGGCCACCUUGACCUGCAGCAGGAGGUCCGACUGGUUCUGGUUCUGAAUGGUUCUGUCUGCUACAAUAAACAGAACCACACAGUCCAGAUGUUCCUGACCAGGUCACAAAGUAUUUGAGUUUAGGUCGGUUCUGGACCUGUUCCAGAAUGAGACCAGAUUCUGCAGAAGCAAACGGAACCAUCUGACUGGUUCUGAUCCGAACCAGCAGACAGUGAACCUAUCCUGGUCCUGACCGAUUUUGGGAUCUGUUAAACCGGAACCGGUUCUUUCCUGAAAACAAAAGUUUCUGUUAAGUUUCACACAGAACCAGCUGAUGUUCUGACCCAGAGUAGAACGGACCAGCAGGUCGGGCUUCUGCUGUGUGGCAAGUUCUGUAGCGUCUCUGAUCCAGAACCGGACCUGCAGCAAUUAAUCACUAAUCAAGGGUUAGACUACUUCCUGGUUUCCCUCCCCGACAGAAUCAAAGUUCUGCAGCUGGUUCUGGUUUCAGCUCUCCUCUGGACUGUGUCUACUUCCUGGAAACAUUUCCUCUGCUCAUGCAGAGUCCGGAUCAGUCUACUUUGUGCAGAAUUCACGUUUCCAUUAUGAGUUUGAACUUAUGACUUACUGACCAUUCGGCUCUGACUACAUACUGGACUCUGCUUUCGACUGACGUCUCGGCUCGUUUUGGCCGGAGCCGGUUCUUUUCUGUGCAGCUUCAGGAAGUUUGAGUUUUAUCAUCUGAAACAUCUAAUCUGAACAGGUUUUGUGUGCCGUUUGGAUCAGAACCGUGUUUGUACCGUCUGGUUCUGUAAAUAAUCGCUGUGAUUUAAAGAAUAAACUAUUUAUGUCUGAUCAUCAUGACGCUAAUUAUUGUAUCCAUGAAGAGAAAUAAAAUCCUGUGUGGAACCAGCGCCAA